UCCCAGGCAGUUUCAGUGCUGGAGUCUGGGGGAAGGGAAAGUAAGAAGAAAAGAAGAAAGUCCCAGCCUCCUUCCUCCCAUGCACGUCUUAGAGGAUCAGCACUGCUCACCACACCAAGAAGCAAGAGGAAAUUCAGAGCAAGAAGAAUAAUUGAGACAAGGGAUUUAUACAACCAGCUAUGUACCUGUUUCAUACAUGGAGAAGCCACAAAGUUCACUGGGCAAAACUAUGGAGCUGCCUAAACAUUUGGCUAGUUUUAUGCUUGUUUUCAAAAACCUGUGUAUCAAAUCCUUCAAAACCCAAUUUUUUACUGAUACUGGCUGAUGAUCUUGGUAUUGGAGAUGUGGGUUGCUAUGGCAAUGAUACAAUAAGAACCCCUAACAUUGAUGGCCUGGCAAAGGAAGGAGUGAGACUUACUCAGCACAUUGCUGCGGCUGCUGUUUGUACUCCGAGCAGAGCAGCUUUCCUGACUGGCAGAUACCCCAUCAGAUCAGGCAUGGCAUCCAGCACUCAGCAGCGGAUUCUCUUUUGGAAUGGAUGUUCUGGUGGGCUCCCACCAAACGAAACUACUUUUGCCAAAAUACUGCUCCAGCAAGGUUAUUCUACAGCACUUGUAGGGAAGUGGCAUAUGGGUGUGAACUGCAAAUCCCGCCUUGAUCACUGCCACCAUCCCUUAAAUCAUGGCUUUGAUUAUUUUUAUGGCAUGCCUUCUACCCUUUUGAAUGAGUGUCAAGGAACAGAUGACCCUGAACUGGCCAAGUCUUUGCAAGAUACAUAUUGGCUUUACACACAGAUGAUCAUCUUUUCAGUGCUUACUCUUAUGAUUGGAAAGAUUACCAAUUUAUUCUCAUUAAAAUGGAAAAUAAUUAUAUGCCUGGCCAUCUGUGGUCUCCUGUAUUUCAUCGCCUGGUUCUCCAGCUAUGGGUUCACCAAAUACUGGAACUGCAUCCUGAUGAGAAACUACAAUAUCACUGAACAACCAAUGAAUCUAGAAAAAACUACUUCUAAUAUGCUGAAGGAGGCAGCUUCAUUCAUCAAAAGGAACAAGCAUAGACCAUUUCUUCUCUUUGUUUCCCUUUUACAUGUCCACACACCACUCAUUACCACAGAGAAGUUUCUGGGUAGAAGCAGACAUGGUCUAUACGGAGAUAAUGUAGAGGAGAUGGACUGGGUGGUAGGCAGGGUACUGGAUGUUGUUGACAAAGAAGGCUUGAAGAACAGCACAUUCGUUUAUUUUGCAUCUGAUCAUGGAGGAUCCUUAGAGGCUCACAGAGGAAAUGUUCAAUUGGGUGGCUGGAAUGGGAUCUAUAAAGGUGGAAAAGGAAUGGGAGGUUGGGAAGGAGGGAUCCGUGUCCCAGGAAUAAUUAGAUGGCCAGGAGUGUUGCCUGCAGGGAAAGUUAUUGAUGAAAUGACAAGCCUUAUGGACAUUUUCCCAACAGUGGUUCACCUUGCUGGAGGGGCAGUGCCUCAAGACAGGGUAAUCGACGGGCGCACCUUACUGCCUUUACUGCAGGGGACAGUUCUGCAUUCCGGCCAUGAGUUCAUGUUUCACUACUGUGGUGUGUUUCUGCAUGCAGUGCGGUGGCACCAAAAGGACAGUGGCACCAUAUGGAAAGCUCAUUAUGCUACUCCAGUAUUCCAACCAGAAGCCUCUGGGGCCUGUUUUGGAAGAGGAAUUUGCCCGUGUUUUGGAGAUGGCGUAACCCAUCAUGACCCUCCACUACUGUUUGAUCUCUCUCAAGAUCCUUCUGAGGCAAAUCCUCUAUCGACCGACACUGAGCCCUUGUUCAACACUGUAACAAGGAGAAUAAGAAAAGCUGUAGAAGAGCAUCGCAAGACACUGACUCCAGUCCCAGAACAGCUGUCUCCUUACAGUAAUAUAUGGAAGCCGUGGCUGCAGCCUUGCUGUGGCACAUUCCCCUUCUGUUGGUGUGAUGAAGAAAACAACAAAGCAGAUGGCACACUUUAAUACCAAAAUCAAGGUUAGUUAGCUUUAAAGAAGCUGAUAGUUUUCACAUUCACGUGACUACAGUCAUACAGACAUAUGGGUCAAAUUACACUGGCGUAACUGAAGGGGACAUUAUUGAGGCUUUUUAUUUAACUUUUUCUCUUUCCCACAGAAAUUUAGUAAGCCGUUAGUUUAAAAUAAAAAUGCUCCAUAUUCCACCGAUGGGUCACCUGUAAAAUCUGUCCCUCGAGUGCACAAUUCUGGAUCAAAAAUCCCAAUAAAUGAAACAAAACUUCCUUCUUCACUGAUUUUCAAUUCAAUUAAAUUAUGAAUUAUAAGAAUAGAGGUGGUUUUAGAGGAGAUGUGUUUGCUAAGGCACCAGGACUGAGCCAAAGAGGGCAUCUCUAGUCAGGUCUUAUCUUUUUAUUGAAAAAAACUGUCUUGUGUUUUAAUGCACAAUUAUAUACUUAAUUUGGAAACAUACCAAAACACAUUGUCUUCUAAGAAAUAAACACCUACUAAUUUACAGCA